CCUGCAAACUUAACUUGUUCUUGCUCUGUCAUUAGGACAUAAUUUCACAGGGGACACACAUAAUUCAACUAUACUCAGGAUUCAAUAUUGAAAGAUUUGUUUUUUUUCUGCACCUUUCCGUUUUCAUUCCAAAUGCAGUCUCACAGACAAGAAGAAAAAAGAAAUACUUUUGGAUCAGGGACUCCCAUUUUUGAAGCAUGUUGUGGUAUUCCAGUUAAAGUUUUCCUUAGGUUGAAAUUUUAUUCCCUUGCACUAAUAAUCACCUGUGAAGUUCAAUGCAUUUAAACAUUCACCCCUGAUAAUAAUGUUACUAAUUAGUCCUAGGGUUUGAUCUGCCUCAAAGACCAUGUCCCCAAGGUCUAUCAAACACUGGAUCCACCCUUAUAAAGUGGGUUUGUUGUGAAUCUUUGGCAAACAGAAGAACUGUGCUGCAUCCUGCCUCCUUUCUUUUUCCUCAUUGUUGAGAAUGUAACUAUGAUUAUUUUGAGAAUGUACCUAUGAUUUUUUCCUUUUCAGCUCAUUUGAUCUUUGCUUCUUAUUCAGAUAACGGAGAACCUUUUUGACUGACUUGGAUAGGAAGCUGAAGCAAGAGUUGGGCAUGCUGGAGUUGAAUCUCUUCUUUUAGCAUUACACAAGAGGCACGUUUGCCUGCAGCCUAAAGGAACAGAUCCCAGAAGCAUUUGAAAGUCUCUGACUCAAGAUUCAUUGAACAAUGUAUCUGUUUAUUAGCAUAACUGGGUAACUUAGGAGCAAAGAUCCCAGUGAUUUCAAAGGGGGUUUGUUUGCACCAGAGCCAAAUGAUUUCUCAGCGUUUCUCACAUGAAAACUAAAGAGUUCCUGUUCUUGUUCUGUGCUGUGCGGUGGUAUCUUAUUGCUGAAGUUGAUUGGGCAGCCCAGUGGCAAAACUUUCUAUUUGCUCCAAAUAUGUUACUUGAACUGUUUAUAACAUUUUUUUAAAAUUUAAAAUGCAUUCAUUUUUAAUAUGAUAUUUUUACAGAAUGAAUUCAAGGCCCAUUUUAUCUGACACCCUAAACCUCUGAAUUUUGAAGAUGUUGAAGAAAUACCUCUUGUCUUCAAACAAUUUCUGGGCUUGAUAUUACAAUACCAAGAGGAAAACAUUUGUCUGAAAAGAAAAGGAUCUAAUUCUUUCCCUAUCUGUAAAUCAUUCAGUUCUGAGACAUGUCAUGUACUCAAAGAGCCCUCUUUUUCAAGGUAAUAAUGUCAGUUUUCUGGGAGACUGAAUAAUGAAAAAUUCAGGGGGAAAAAGCCAAAGUAUUUUUUUUUCAUUUUGUUCUUGUUCCUGUUCCAUGGUAAUUCAAAUGUGACUUUAAGGUAAGAUACUUAAACUCUAUUUCCUCUCCAUCAAUUUUUCAAAAACAUUUAUUUACAAAGAAAUGUUGUGGUGUUAAAUUCAACAAUGUUUGCAACAGUACAGGAGAUCUUAAAAUGGCUUGAUUAUUGCUGAAAUGCUGAUUACUGUUGCUAUUGUCAUUCCACUAUUAUAAAUGUAGUUACAUUGCAAAAGUACCUUUAUGCAACUUGAGACUUUCUAUUGGAAAGAUAUGUUUCUCUCACAAAAUGUUGUCUACGGUAUUCGAGGAUGAUCUGUGUUAUCACCACUAAUACUGUUAUUUCUCCUGUAUCUUUGUCAAUAAUUUCUUUAUAGAUCAACCAUCCUGCAUACAUGAACACAGAGAAUCAAACCAUGGUGACAGAAUUCAUCCUGAUUGGAUUUUCCAAUUUUCCUAGUUUGCAGAUUCCAUUGUUCACGAUGUUUUUUCUCAUGUACCUGAUCACACUGGCUGGAAAUAUAAUAUUGAUGAUAAUCAUAAGUGUUGAUCAUACUCUUCACAUUCCCAUGUAUUUCUUCCUCUCAAUUCUCUCUUUUUCAGGGACCUGCUACACGUUUGUUGUUAUUCCCAAUAUGCUGGUAAACUUGCUAACCGAAAAGAAGACAAUUUCUUUUACUGGGUGUGCUACCCAGAUGUUUUUCUUUAUCAGUUUUGGAGGCACAAACUGUAUGCUUCUAGCAGCAAUGGCAUAUGAUCGCUAUGUCGCCAUAUGCAAACCUUUACAUUACCACAUCCUCAUGAACCAAAAAGUCAGAGUUCAGUUAGUGGCAUUUUCAGUAGUAACUGGAUUUGUUUUAUCCCUAAUAGAUACAUAUUUUAUAUUCAGAUUGCCUGUCUGUGGCAUAAAUAAAAUAAACCACUUCUUUUGUGACAUGGCACCAGUCAUUAAAAUCUCAUGCACAGACAACAAUGUAAUUGAAAUUGUCAUUUUCAUAUUUUGUGUUGUGGUUGUAUUUGGGUCAUUUUUACUGAUUCUUCUUUCUUAUCUGUUCAUCCUCAUUACCAUCCUGCAAAUUCCUACUGCUGAGGGUAAGCAGAAAGCCUUCUCCACCUGCACGUCUCAUCUCAUUGUGGUCAUUGUGCAUUUUGGAUGUGCUUCUAUUAUCUAUUUGAGACCCAAAUCCACUUACUCACUAGAUAAAGACACCUUGAUUUCUGUCACUUACACAGUGGUGACUCCUUUGUUGAACCCCAUGGUGUAUAGUCUAAGAAAUAAGGAUGUACAAAUAGCACUGAGGAAAGCUCUGGGCAGAACAUAGUUUACAUGUAUACUGUGACAGCGGUCCUACUAGAGAUCAGAUAUCAAAGACAAUCUUACCUAAAUAAUUUUAAUUUUGUACAAGCACCAACUGGAUGGACAAUCUUACCCAAAGUAAAAGAACCAUGUGCAAGGAGGAGAGACCGCUCCCAUGGCAAGGGUCAUUAUAUUAAAUCAACCAGUGUUUUUAGCAACAUAUAAUAGAAGAGUAGAGGAAGACUCUACAGUAAGACACUAUGCCACAUGCCUAGGAGAUAUGCAGAGUGGUUCUGCUUAAAAUUUGUCCAGGAACCUAUCUAAGUCUGAGAAAAUCUAAGUGCAACUUACCCUGCAAAGGAUCUGAAGGAGUUAUAAAUUAAAGUGGAGGAGCCUCAUCCUACUUCCAGUUAAGUCAACAGGAUUUUGUCCACUGACUACAAAUAGUCAUGUUAGGGGGUGAUUACCAUUGUAUUUUGGGUGACGGUCACUUACAUCUCUUCAGGCUGUUUUGUAUGUUGGUUUUCUGGCUACAUCUUCUUCUAAACCCUUUGUAUAUAAAUCACACCUCCUUAGACACGCCGGGAAUAAAGUUCUCUCAAUCCUGAGUCACAAAACAGUAAUCUGACUCAAUGAGCAUAAAUUGAUGCAAGUAUAAUAAAAGUAGACUUUGACUUUUAAACUCUGACAUCCUCAUAAAACACUCAAAGCUUGAAUUCACCAAAAUUUCUUAUUAUUACAAAUACAAUUGUGAGGGGUCAAGUAAGUGGACCUCUCCAUAGUCUGUGCAUUCAUGACCAGCAUGUGUGAAGCAUCAGUUCAUCUAGGCAAACUCAAACUCCAGUUUUAAAUAUGACACUAAACAGGAUUUGGCAUUGACUGGCCAGUUGACUAUGGCCAUCAGCAAACCUGACUCCUCCAUAUGAUAAUUCAAUAAGGCAAUAUAUCCCGAUUAAGACAUGUUCUAGUGCAGCCAUAAUGAGAGUGAUGAAAAAGGGAAAAGGCUAUUUCCUCUUCAUUUUUAGGUACUUUUGACUUUUUUAUAGAACUUGCCACUGGCAGUGGAAUUUGUCCUGUUUUGGCUCAGCUUGAAGUGAUAUAUGUAUACUAUAUAUAUUAUAACAUAUAUAUAUAUAUAUAUAUAUAUAUAUAUAUAUAUAUAUUCCAUAAUAAAAAGGCAAUUACUGAAAGGUAGACACAAUCUUGUUUUCCUAAUAAAAAUAUUAGUUAAGACUUUUUUUCAAAAUUUUAUGUUGGAAAAAAAAAAACCAAUGUCUAAUUUAAGAUAUCAUAAUGAUACAUAUAUGGCUAUAUGUUAUGUUUUGGAAAAAUUAUACCUAUUAUCUUACAGUUGAAGAGGAUGACUACUAAUCCUCCCAUUCUUAUGAUUAAUUAGGGAGAAAUUAUAUUACAAGUAGAGGGAUUGUACAAACACUAAUUGCUACAUGUAUUCCAUACUACUUUACUGAGGUCUACUGAGCAAACAUAGGAGCAACUUUUGGCAGAAUUACUUCUAGAGAUCAGUGUAAGGUGUAGGGUAUUUGGAUAUUAACAGUUGUUGUGUUUUUGUGCGUCUCUGUUACACAUCUGAUGGCUUCCAUCAGAGCCAAAGGUGAUCUCACAAUAUAUCGAGUCACUGGAAAACUUUUUCUGUCUUCUGCAUCAUCUGUAUCAUUAUUUGUUUUUGACUAGAAGCAUUUAUUUUUUCCAAUGCUGUGUUUCUUACAAUUUAAUA